GCAGCAGCCCGAGGAAGAGGAAGGGGACGGGGACAGCGGACGACGGGGCGGAGGAGGAGGCGGAGGAGGAAGAGGAGGCCGACCAACAAGAUGGCCCCUGCUGCAGGAGCAGCCUCGGCAGCAGCAGGUGGGAGGCCGGAGGCGGCGGUGGCGGCCGUGGCCCGGCGGCCUGGGACAGAGUCAGAGUCGACGGUGGCAGCGGCGGCGGCGGCGGCUGCCGCGGCGGCGGCGACGGCCGCGGGGACUCGGAGCUGAGAGGAGCUGCUGCUCGGACCAGCGCGGUUAUAUUUCACACUAUGUGCUGACUGAAUUUACAGAAGAUAUUUAAAAAAAAAGAUAAACUUUUUUCAAAGAUUUUGAUUCCAGUGGAAUCUUUGCUUUAGAUUUUGUGUGUGUGUGUGUGUGUGUGUGUGUGUGUGUGUGUGUGUGUGUGUGUGUGUGUGUGUGUGUUAGUGAAUUAUAACUCCAGAAGCAAUGCCUGUACAAGCUCCACAAUGGACGGAUUUCCUCUCCUGCCCAAUUUGUACUCAGACUUUUGACGAAACAAUUCGAAAGCCCAUCAGUUUGGGUUGUGGCCAUACUGUCUGCAAGAUGUGCCUGAAUAAACUCCACCGCAAGGCCUGCCCAUUUGACCAGACCACUAUCAAUACAGACAUUGAGCUCCUUCCUGUGAACUCAGCAUUGCUGCAGCUAGUGGGUGCUCAGGUCCCUGAGCAACAGCCCAUUACUUUGUGUAGUGGAGUUGAAGACACAAAGCAUUAUGAGGAAGCAAAGAAAUGUGUAGAAGAAUUAGCAUUGUACCUGAAACCACUCAGUAGUGCUAGAGGAGUGGGUCUGAAUAGCACUACUCAGAGUGUCUUGAGUCGCCCAAUGCAGAGGAAGCUGGUAACUCUCGUCCACUGCCAAUUGGUGGAAGAAGAAGGCAGGAUUCGUGCCAUGAGGGCUGCUCGAUCUUUAGGUGAACGGACAGUUACAGAACUCAUUCUCCAGCACCAGAAUCCUCAGCAACUCUCUUCCAAUCUUUGGGCAGCAGUCCGGGCAAGGGGCUGUCAGUUUCUUGGACCAGCAAUGCAGGAAGAAGCUCUAAAGCUGGUUCUCCUGGCCUUAGAGGAUGGUUCUGCUUUGUCAAGAAAAGUAUUGGUUCUCUUUGUGGUGCAAAGGUUGGAGCCACGGUUUCCACAAGCCUCUAAAACUAGCAUUGGGCAUGUUGUCCAGCUCCUUUAUAGAGCCUCCUGCUUCAAGGUCACCAAACGUGAUGAAGACUCUUCUUUGAUGCAGCUGAAGGAAGAAUUUAGAACCUAUGAAGCUCUGCGGCGAGAACAUGAUUCCCAGAUAGUACAGAUCGCUAUGGAAGCUGGCUUACGAAUUGCACCAGACCAAUGGUCCUCUUUGCUUUAUGGAGACCAGUCUCACAAAUCUCAUAUGCAGUCCAUUAUUGACAAGUUGCAGACCCCAGCCUCUUUUGCGCAAAGUGUUCAGGAACUAACAAUUGCUCUCCAGCGGACUGGAGAUCCAGCAAACUUGAACCGACUAAGACCCCAUUUGGAGUUACUAGCAAACAUUGACCCUAGUCCAGAUGCUCCUCCUCCUACUUGGGAACAGCUGGAAAAUGGGCUUGUUGCUGUGCGCACAGUGGUACAUGGGCUCGUUGAUUAUAUCCAGAACCACAGCAAAAAAGGAGCAGAUCAGCAGCAGCCUCCACAGCAUAGCAAAUACAAAACAUACAUGUGUCGAGAUAUGAAACAGAGAGGAGGAUGUCCUCGUGGAGCCAGCUGUACAUUUGCACACUCACAGGAGGAACUGGAAAAAUUUCGUAAAAUGAACAAACGCCUGGUUCCCAGAAGACCGCUGAGUGCCUCUUUGGGCCAACUUAAUGAGGUGGGCCUGCCUUCAGCAACUAUCCUUCCAGAAGAAGGUGCAGUGGAUCUGCCAAGCAGAAAACCUCCCGCUCUGCCAAAUGGAAUUGUUUCAGCAGGGAAUACAGUAACACAGCUGAUUCCACGAGGGACAGACCCAAGCUAUGAUUCUAGUCUGAAACCAGGAAAGAUAGAUCAUCUGAGCAGUAGUGCUCCUGGAUCCCCUCCUGACAUGCUAGAAUCUGUCCCUAAGAGUAUUUCUGCCUUACCUGUGAAUCCACAUCCUGUACCUCAAAGGGGGCCAGCAGACCUGCCUCCUAUGCCUGUCACCAAACCACUUCAGAUGGUACCACGAGGUUCUCAGUUAUAUCCAGCACAACAGGCAGAUGUUUACUAUCAGGAUCCUCGAGGAGCUGCCCCACCAUUUGAUCCAGCACCUUAUCAGCAGGGUGUGUACUACACUCCACCACCGCAGUGUGUGUCCCGCUUUGUCAGACCUCCACCAUCUGCUGCUGAACCUGGUUCCCCCUACUUGGAUCAUUAUACUCCUUACCUCCAAGAUCGUGUAGUGAAUUCUCAGUAUGGCACACAGCCACAACAGUACCCUCCUAUGUACCCACCACACUACGACGGCCGCCGGGUAUACCCUGCUCAGUCUUACACAAGAGAGGAGAUUUUCCGAGAAAGUCCUAUACCCAUUGAGAUUCCACCUGCAGCAGUACCAUCCUAUGUACCAGAAGCCAGAGAAAGAUACCAACAGAUGGAGGGUUACUAUCCAGUGGCUCCUCAUCCACCUCAGAUCAGACCUUCAUAUAUCAGAGAGCCUCCUUACAGCCGGCUUCCUCCUCCCCCUCAGCCCCAUCCUAGUCUAGAUGAGCUACAUCGCAGACGAAAGGAAAUAAUGGCCCAACUAGAGGAAAGGAAGGUUAUUUCUCCACCUCCUUUUGCACCUUCACCAACGUUGCCUCCUACCUUCCAUCAAGAGGAAUUUUUAGAUGAAGAUUUGAAGGUAACUGGGAAAUACAAAGGAAAUGACUACAGCCAGUACUCUCCCUGGUCAUGUGACACCAUCGGCUCCUACAUUGGAACCAAAGAUGCAAAACCCAAAGAUGUUGUGGCAGCAGGGAGUGUGGAAAUGAUGAAUGUGGAGAGUAAAGGAAUGAGAGAGCAACGAUUGGAUCUUCAUAGAAGAGCAGCAGAAACCAGUGAUGAUGACCUCAUCCCAUUUGGAGACCGACCAACAGUAUCUCGGUUUGGUGCCAUCUCUCGAACUUCUAAAACAAUAUAUCAGGGUGCUGGCCCUAUGCAGGCUAUGGCGCCUCAGGGAGCUCCCACAAAAUCUAUUAACAUUUCAGAUUAUGGUCCAUAUGGAACCCAUGGUGGCUGGGGAGGUUCUCCAUAUUCACCACAUCAGAACAUAGCUUCUCAGGGACACUUCAGUGAGAGGGAGAGAAUAUGCAUGUCAGAAGUGGCCAGUCAUGGAAAACCCCUCCCAUCUGCUGAGAGGGAACAGCUACGUCUAGAAUUGCAGCAACUAAACCACCAAAUUAGCCAACAGACCCAGCUACGUGGACUAGAGGCUGUUAGUAACAGGCUGGUGUUGCAGAGGGAGGCGAACGCCCUGGCAGGCCAGUCACAGCCCACACCACCACCUCCAAAAUGGCCUGGAAUGAUCUCCAGUGAGCAGUUGAGCUUGGAACUACACCAGGUGGAAAGGGAAAUCGGGAAGAGAACCCGGGAACUGAGUAUGGAGAAUCAGUGUUCUUUGGACAUGAAAAGCAAAUUAAAUACAAGUAAGCAAGUAGAAAAUGGACAACCGGAACCACAAAGUAAGGUUCCAGCUGAGGACCUUACAUUGACAUUCAGUGAUGUACCAAAUGGAUCAACCUUGACACAAGAGAAUAUCAGCCUCCUGUCCAACAAGACCAGCUCUUUGACCCUAUCAGAUGACCCUGAGGGAGGAGAGGACAACAGUGACUCCCAGAGAUCAGGAGUUAAAUCCAGUUGUGCUCCUUAGAAUAUGAGGAGUCCUACUUUCAUCUUCUGCUCCUGAUCAGUUUGCGGGGCAUAGGGGUAGGAAAACAGAUAACUUCUAAAAUUUUCUCUGAGAGUGGUCAGAGAAAUCCAGAAAAGCUCCAGAGGCAAUGUGCACAAACACCACUACUAAAAACAAACCCUGCACAUAGUUCACAUUAAUGCAUUUUUUAAUUUAAAAAAAAAAGAAAAAAGAAAAAGAAAAUUAGCAGUAUCUGCAAGCAAUUCAGAUUAAAUUUGUUUUUGUUCUGUGAAUGAACUUUAUUUUAAUAACUUUGGACGCCUUGGAUCCAGGGCUUUACAAAAAAAGAAGAUAUUAUAUAUACACUCUGUUUGAUUAAUUGUAUGAUCUUAAUGAAGUAGGUUUCUCUUGUAUUUUGGUAUUAUUACAUACCCAGUGUAUAAUUCUUUAUCCUGAAUCCUUCCAACUCUCGCAACCCUAUAAAUUACAACAGACAAGAAGCAUCGGCCUUUCUGUGAAUUGUAUGGUGCUUGGGAAACAAAUGGCAACUGUAGAUGAAAUUAGAAAAUGUGCAGCAAACCCACCUCUAAGGCUGUUUGGGAGCUGUAAUUUCAUUUCCAUUUCUCAGUCACUGGCUUUGUGUGUAGGUAUGUUUUUCAUAUGGCAUUAAAACUUGUAUUUUUUGUUCAGGAGGGUUUUAUUUCUUGCUUUUGUCUUUAUUUCAACUUUUCAGAGAGAUUACAAGACUCUUUGAAGUCCUCUUUUCCAUAUUAUAGAUCCUUCUCAUUCUCUUAAUGUAAUCAGAGCUGAGUCAAUAUUUUUAUUUGCUUGGUUAGAUUUAAAUGGAGAUUAAGAAUUCAUCACUGAAAAUACAUGGUUGGUGUAUUACCUGUUACUGAGCUGAUGGUUGGAUAUUUGGAGCUGUGUGUCUCCAAAUUGAACUUUUGUUAAAAUUAUAGAAUGUUCGAAAACUAGGACAGUUAACUGUGUUUUAAACUGCAGCACUGCAAUAAGAACAGAGCCAUAUUAUUUCAGUGGAUGCUUCUGUUUUACUCUCAAAACCCAAAAGUAUAAAAUAAAAUCCCUAUAUACUGGAGCCUUAGCUUUCAAAGAGAUUUGGUAAAUAUGAACUGCCUAGAUCUUAAGGAUAGUAUAUGAGUUGACCAGUUGUUGCUGUUCAGAAUCAUUAAGCACAAGCAUAUAGUACCUAGAAAUCAAUUUUCACAGACUUGGCUUUACAAUAUGAAAAGGUUCUUCAUGAAAAUGUAAAAAGAAUAAGAAUUUUUAUUAACUGGAUCUGCUGCACAUAUUCUAAUGCCAUGUGUCUAUACUGAGCUAUGACCCUAUAAAACAGGCUUAGUGGGGAUUAUUUGAUAAUAUUCCUCUGUUUGUCGUAUUUCUAAAAAUGUCUCUUUCUGGGUUAUACUCCUUAAACAGAAAGCACUGGUUAUGUAAUAAGUUACUGCAUUGCUUUGGUUGGGUAAAAGCAAGUUUGUAUUUUUCUUUUCCUUAUUUUCUUAAACCUUAACUCCUGCUGAGGUCAUAACAGCCUCAGUCUAAGCUCUGUGUCCAUCAUACUGUUAACGGAAACAGUUGGGGGGUGGAGGGAGGGAUUACAGUCCUGCCAUUGCCUACCAGUAGGAGAGUCCAAACAGAACACUCUUUUGAGUAGCGAUUAUUUAAUUUGCCCAGUCAAGGCACCGUGUUUAUAUACUAUUUCACAUUGAAUUUGAUUAUGCCCUACAGACCUGGCUGGUCAAGGAUUUGAUAUACACAUAUUGGCUUGGGAUUCGAGCUUUCUUUUUUAUUUAAAUAAAAAUUUAUAUAUAUAUUAUAUAUACACAGAUAUACAUAGCUAUAUCUGUAUAUAUAUUGGGUAUGUUUUAAGGAUUUUUUCACAUGAGCGCAGCUGUUGCAAUAAAAUGACUGGGAGGUGGAAGCACUGAAUGAAGAGGCGGCCUUUUUUCAGUCGAUAUCAUAAUUUCCUGUUUUUUUGUGUUUUUUUUUUAGUGGACUUGCCCUUUUGCUUUUUUGUGGGGGUUUUUUUUUUUUUUUUGCUUACAACUCUCUUAUAUUUACUGUUUAAGUGCUUGGUUUUUUGGGAGAAGGAAAGACCCUUUUUUGUAUGUGUGACAAGAGUCCCAAGAUUUUUCAUUUCUAUAACCAUAAAAGGCAACGUUCUUGGCCUCCAACCUUCUGUAGGCAGAUUUGGGCAGCUUUUCUUUUUUUGGACAUAUUAGAUAAUUCCUAAAAUUUAGAAGCAGUUGGUUGAAUUUGAAACUCAAAAUGAUUCUGGUAUUGGAAGGGAAUUUAUGGGUAUUGAAUUUGUUGAAGUUCACAAUAAAAGUAAAGUUCCAUUUUCGUUAUUUGUUGAAACCCCUACUAAUUCAACUUACAUUAUUCUUGUUCUUAUUUACUUCAAAUAUGCUCAUUCUUACUUUCACCAUUUUGAUUUUAUAAACUAGGCAGGAAUGGGAAUUAACUUAUGUAGUAUUUCUACUCUGAAUAAAACCCGAAAGCCACUGUUUUGAAUUGAGUUAAAUAGUGUGUCUUCCACUCCUUAAGGUAUUUUCAUUUUCAUGGGGAAAACCUCUUAAAUUGUAGCCUUAAUCCUAGAUGUACUUCUCAAAGGCCCCAUACUCUAGAGAAAAUUUGGUUGGAUAGAAGGGUAGAAGAAUGAUAUAUUGUCCCACUGUGCCUAUAACUUACCUAUUUUAAAUUGGUCACUCUGCCUUACCUCAUGGAAAUUCUUAGAACUUUCCUAGUGCUUAGAAGCAGUUUUAGUAAUUAAGUUGAACCUCCAAAGUUUGGGGGUGUUGUGUUUGUUUGUUUUUCAUUUUCUCUAUGAUAGUGAUAUGUGAGCCUGUAAAGGUAAAUGGCCUGUUUGGGCAAAACUGAUUGACUCUUUAGCUGAUUUUUGUCAAAAUCUGUAAAAGGCUUUGAUUGUUCUGUCUUAAUUUACUCCUUUAGAGACAGUUGAGAGAUGAAAUAAGUCAGUCAGGAAGUACAGUUUUUAUGCUUUCUACUUAUUAAAAUACUAAUUUCCUCUGAAUAUGACUGCUUUUCAUGGAAUUCAGAAGCAAGACCCAUACAUCUCAGGUGAACAUGAACAAUUCUGAGAGGGUUAAGGUAGGAGUCAUAGCAUUGUGUCUACUCUUGCUUAGAUAACACCAGAAUUUUAUUACAGCUAGGAAUACAAAAGUACUUCGCCUGAUUCUUUUUUCAAGGGGUCUCUGGAAAAGGGUAGGAGAACUGAGAAUAAGGUAAUUUAGAUGCAAUUUCCUGACAUACAUGCAGUUCUUUUGCUUUACUUAAUGGACACUUGUCACAAGAUAAGUCCAAUAGCUGCCCUGUCUUAGGUAAUUUACAUAAGCUGAAGUGACCAAAGAUUCAUUCCUUGUUACUUCUCUAAUCAAAAGAAAAUUUAGUUACAGAAUAAGUUUCUAGUGAUAUUAUUCAAAUGAUAAGUGCUUCUAAUGCCAGGUAUAGAUAUUCAACUACUAGAACAUAAAAAUUUAUUAGAUAAAAGCAGUAAUGUGGCUGAUUCUCUUCUCCCAUAUUAUUUCCCUUCUCUUCUCCUGGUCUUUCCCAUGUAUUUAUUCUUUUGCAUAAAACACAAGAUUUGCUACCUUGAAUAUGUAACUCCAUCAGACUUUCUGUAGGUCUUCAGGGUUGAAGCGUGAAGUUUUUUUUUUCCUGGCCCUUUUCUAUCUUGUAAAUUCCCCUAGACUUCCCCACUGCCCUCCCUAAUCUGCAACAGUGACAGUUUGCUGCCUCAAAACAGAGCAUUCAAAUGAAUUCGCUUAGCCAAUAACUUCUGUGAAGUUGCCUUUUCUAAUGGUGUUAUUACUCAGUGAUGCACAAAUGUGGUAUUUGCCCUACUGGUAGGCAAACAAAGGUCUGGUUAAGAAUGGUAACCUGCUGUUUUCUUUAAAGGAGAGCCAAAGACUUGUGCUUUACUCUGUUUGGGUUUUGGGGAAUACGGUAGCCAUUUUGAUUGUGUAAUCUUUUAGUAUUGUGAGUUGAUUUGUACUGUGUUAAGUAGAUUUGUCUAAAAGUUAACUGUUAACAGCUGGUCUUAUAAAAUGUAAAAGUAGUGAAACUCAUCAGUUUCUCUAAACCAGUGAAUGUUGUCUUCCACAAUACUGUGGGUAAGCAGUCCCUCCCCUACUUCUUGGGGAUCAUCUUGUAAUGAUUUCAUCUUGGGUGUUUUUGGUUUUUCCCUUGUGCCUGAAGGACAGUCUCUUAUCACUAUGGUCAAGACACAGGACUGAGUAAAAGAAUUCAUGAGCAUAUGACUGGUGAGAGUUAACUGCAGUGUAUGUUAGAUUAUAUAUUCAGAUCUGGAGAAAAAUAGGUUCUUUUUAGUAAAGAGUGUUUGGUUGCUAUUAUAUACAAAUAGUCAUGGGUAGAGGCCUUAUCUAUGCUCAUCUUUUUUCAACUUAAUGCUCAAUUUGCAAUAACAGUAAAGGUUUCAUAUAUAAAUCUGUCUGUAAAAAACACCUGUAAAGAUUUGUUUCAUUAAAAGGAAAGACCCAUUUACUUUAUUGGGGAAAUUAACUGUAGUGUUUACUUAAAUUUUUACCCUAAAAUAAUCCAGUUGUGCUUAUUUUUAUUUUUUUAGUUGGUGAUACAUGGUUAUAAUAAGUUACAAGGUGAUUUCUUCCCUGAAAAAUCUGCCUAACCUUUUAUGUCAAAAUUAGAGCUACUAAACUAGGCAAAUGUCACUUGAUUGAACAUUAGGGAUCGAGCAAGUAAGCAGUCCACUACCUUCAUCGCUACCUGAGUGCCCAUACUCUUGCCUCACUAGCUUAGACAGCUCUGAUUUAUAUUUAUUUGUUGCUUCAGCUCAGCUUUUUGAAAUUUUCCUGCUGAGAUGACUUACUGGGAGUUGUAGGUGGAGUGCAGUUAAUAUUUUGUUUAAAUUCUUAAUUCAGCUUUUCAGAACCUUAUGAGUAAGAAAGCUGUUUUUGUCAAAGGGUACCCUUAAUGAUAGCAAAUGCCCGCUUAAGAUUUGGUUUUUAAGAUUUUAUUUCUUAGACUUGAAAAGAUGUUUUCAGAUAUAAUAGAUUACAAUUAAUAAGUAAUACUAACUAUAAUGUUAAUAAAGAAGAGGAAACUGCCACCACCAGGAAGAAGAAACACCUUUUAAUAGUAAAGGUGUUCCCAAUAGGUGAAUUUUCAAUACUGCACUGAUAAAGUGGGUAAAGAGCCCUCUGAAAUUCUAUUGAGAUAAAGGGACUUACCUCACCACUGGAAUUCUUGUUUUCAGAACCUCUGAAUUUUCAGCCAAACACUGAAUUCCCCCUAAUCUUUAUUCCUGAGCAAAACAUCCCUAGAGUAAUAACCUCUGUUUUCACAAGAAAAUAAGGCACAGUAACUCAACAAAGAGAACUAAAAUAAACCUCAAGACUAUAUUAUAUCCAGAAGUAUGUAUUUAUAAAAAUAAAAUCCUGUGGAGUUAAGUGUAUUAUAUACUACUAGAUAAGGCAACUUAUUUUCUUGUAUUGAAUCUCACUGUUUCCGGUUGGUUGGUUUGGUUUUUGUUUUGUUUCAUUGUUUUUCUUAAACUCCUUAAGUGACAGAGCUCACAAGUCUUUGGCAUCCAGUCUGGGUUGUACAUGCAGAGCCAUCUUAUACCUGGAAACUGUCGGUGGCCCCCACCCCCACCCCAGCUAUUGCAUGAAAGGGCCAAGAAAAGCGUGGAAACUAGUGAGUGGGUGGGUGAUUGGUUGCUUGGUUGGUUGCCUGGUUGGUUGGCUGCCUGAUGUUUGCAGCCAGCUCUUGGUGGUGUGAUUGCUCAGGCUCACUGAUGGUUGCCACACUCACAGGAGUAUCGAAUCCACCCUGCAAAAUGUUCCUCUCGUUUAAAGGCAUUUUUAAGGUUCUGUUUAUCAUUUUUACAUCCUCUGUUGAACUAAAACACUGUCCUGAGAGCUACUUCUUCCAGGGGUAUUGUGGCCUACAUUUUUAGUAUCCCAUCUAUUUCAUCCUUCCUCCUCCUCCUCCUCCUCCUCCUACUUUCUGGGAAUGAAAGGAAUUUGGGAGGGGGAAAAAUUUUUUUUUUUUCAUUCAUUGAUCCACAGGUCUCAUUAUCUUUAUGAUGAAUCUGUGACUCUUUGGAGCAAGAACAAUGGAAAAAAUGAAGAUAAUGAACAAAACCCUUCAUCCUCUUAAACAUUUUCCAGUUGUGAGAUUCCUCUUUGUGCGAGGUCUCUUCCCCUUGUUCCCCCUAGUCCUCUUCUUCCUGACUUUGGUCUGUUAGGUCUUCAGGCUCAUACCAGUCUCCCGAGACAUUCUUCGGUCAUUAUCACCUUUUUGGGUGGAUUUUAUUUUGUCUUGUUUUAUUUUUUUUAAUAACUUUUUAACCUUGAUGCAUAUUUGCUUGGGAUAGAGCUUGUGCAAUUUACCAAUCGUAUUGAUUGUAUGUGAUUGUGCCCUGCAGAGGUAUACUUAACAUGACAAAAAUAAGUUAAUAAAGGAGCCCGUGAGAUUUGAGUCAGGUUAUAAAUGACUUCAUGAAAUCACUUAGUUUUGGAUAGUGAGAAUUUUCUGUCUCCUGUUCUUAUAAAAUCAGUGCUAGACAAAAAUACCAUUUUUAAAAGGUUUUCUUGCAUUCCUUUUUUUUCCCUUGCCUAUGCUACGUGUUCUUCCUUGCCUGUCCCCAUCCACCUGUUAAGAAAUAAAAAAAUUUAACCUUAAAGUGACACCUUGAUUUAUAAAUUGCUGAUAUUAGUGAAGUUUUACUUUUUCCAAGUGUUUCCAGCUGAAAAAAUUAGUGAAGACAAAUAAUGGGUUGAAACUUCACAAGCUGUGAAUAAUUCCUUAGCAUCUGGCAAACUGAAAUUUUAUUUGAAGACUUUAUCUCUUAAAGUUUGGGCAUAGGGAAAAAUGUCCUGUUUGAAAUGGACCAUUUUCCAUUUAAUCUGUUUAUAUUUCCAGUUUUUAAACAGCCUUCAAAACAUGUGAGGUGGAAAAAAAGAAAUAGUAGGAAGAUGGUUCAGGGCAGCAGAGCUCUGGGUCUGACUUGUCACAGGCCUUUGAGAAGAUUAAGGCCAUCUUUUUCAAUUUUGUAUUAUUUGUGUGCAUGUUUAUAUCAGAGAUACUACAUUUGUUAAAAUGGUAUUUCCUUCCUUUAUUACCUUGGAAACUGACUCAGUCUCAUGUUGCUCCUAAUUAGUGUUUAAGGCCCCCAUGAGUUGCAGAUAAAAGGAUUAUUUUAACAAGUAGGAGGAGGUGAUUCACCUUUUGGUUUGUAAAUAUAUGAAAGUGUGUCCAAGGUCUUUAUCUGCUUUCUGUCAGCAUUUAUAUUAAAUGAUAAGUUAAUGAGAAA